UUCGGUGAAAUAGUGUAAACCGGAAGUAUCUAAUAUCGCCCAAAAUAGUUUCUCAUUUCGGAACUCGAACUUUUACUCAACUUUUAGUAAUUAUCCAUUCAUGUCAUGGGCAGCUUCCAAUAAAGGCGAGUUUUAGUCUAGAUGAUCGAGGAGCCUGGGUGGCAACGAACGAAGUACAUCUAAUAUGUCUAAUCCAAUAAAACGAUUCACCCUUUACAUCAAAGCAGGAAGUGAUGGUACCUGUGUAGGCGACUGCCCAUUUUCACAGAGAGCAUGGUUAUUUAUGUUAAUCAAAAGACUCAAAGAUCAAACUACAGUGGCGACCAUCAACAUUCUCAACAAGUCUGACGAAUUUCUGAAGAUGAACCCAAAAGGGAAAACUCCAGUGUUGUUCGACCACAAGGAAAACAAGGCUGUUGAUGAUUCUGAAGAGAUUUGCACUUAUAUAGAUGGUUUAUUUCCUGAGCCUCCUGUCGGUUGCAACUUUAAGGAGACAGCAGCAGAUGCUGCCACAUCUAAGAUAUUUCCAUCUUUGUGUAAAAUGAUCAUGAACAAAAACACAUCUGAGACACCAAUUUUAAAACAGACUUUAACCAAUGAGCUGGUGAAAGUGAAUGCCUACUUGGAAACAUCAAAAUAUCCGUUCCUGACCGGGGACACCUUACAGGCGAUUGACUGUGCCGUAUUACCUAAAUUACUUCACGUGAAAGUCGCUGGGAAAGCAUAUAAGAAUUAUACAAUCCCCAAUGAGCUCGAAUCGCUAGCAAAGUACCUUGAAAACGCAGAGGCUGAUCCUGUAUUUGCAGAGACAAGACCACUCGAUGAAGAAAUAAUCUGUGGCUGGGGGCGACAUGAUAUUUUAAAAGAGUUGUAGGUCUCUUUAAAGGAUCAAAAUGAACUGGACGUUUUCUUGGUUAUAUAACAAAAGACGUAAUAUUCUGAAUUCUUUUUAUAAAGAUAUAUUUAAUCAAACACUUUAUGCAAAUGUAUGUGUGAAUUAUUAAUAUCGCGGACAAUAUGAUAAAAAAUGAACUUUUACUGCAAUAUGAUGAAAAUAGUUUGUUGUAUACAUUUUCCAUCAUGCUUCAAAAUAAAAUACUACGGGUAAAUAAAAUACAACAUCUCGUGCUUUUAAUUUGAAAUAGAUUGUUCUUCAAUCAGAUUUUUUUUAAUAUAUACUAGCCUAGUAGUAGAUGUAGUAUUUGGUAACUUUGUAAAACAUGUUAUUU